AUGGUCCGUCUAGAACUCUCCCUGGCUCUCGUCUGUGCCACUCGCAGUCUGGCAUAUAUUCAGUAUUCCACUGUUACAGGAUAUUUCUUGCAGGAUGACAAUUCAACCAACGCCACAUUUUUUGACUAUACUGCCACCAAUUUCGGCCUCAUCAAUCAGAGCUAUCCAACUGACCCCAAAAAGGCGGCGCCAUUGACUCAAUGGCAAAGAUUUGCCCUAGUAGUUUCUUCACUGAAUGCCAACGCGCCCAAAAACGUCGACUAUAAAGUCCUGUUUGCCGGCCGCCACGGUGAAGGGUGGCACAAUGCCGCCGAAUCAUACUACGGCACCCCGGCCUGGAAUUGCGAUUGGUCGCUCCUGGAUGGCAACAAAACCGCCAUCUGGUCCGAUGCUCACCUUACCCAGAAGGGAAUCGACCAAGCUCUCAAGGCAAAUGCCUUCUGGAAAUCUCGCAUCCAGAGCGAGAAGAUCCCGACGCCCGAGAGCUACUAUACUUCACCCUUGUAUCGGUGUCUCGCAACAGCCAACCUCACCUUUUCGGGCCUUCCACUACCCGCAAAACACCCAUUCAUUCCGACAGUGAAGAACAAGCUCAGAGAGGGUAUCUCGGAGCACACUUGUGAUCGCCGAAGCAACAAGACUUAUAUUCAAAACUCCUUCCCAACGUACCGGAUCGAACGUGGCUUCACCGAAUACGACGAGCUCUGGACCGGUGUCACCGCCGAGACUUCAUCUGCCCAGGACCUCCGUUCGAAGGAAUUGCUCGACGACAUCUUCUCCCACGAUUGCUCGACGUAUCUGAGCUUCACGGCCCAUUCCGGAGAGAUCGCGUCCCUUUUGCGCGUCCUAGGCCACCGCGCGUUCUCACUCAGCACAGGGGCCGUCAUCCCGGUCCUGAUCAAAGCAGAAACCAUUGACCCUGCAGCCGCUACCAGCACGAUUUCCGCUGCCUCUUGGACACCUAGUCCCCACUGUACCGUCCCGCCGGUGACGAGCGUCAGUGGAGGUGCUAAUGGAGGGUGUGUAUGCCCAAAUGGCGUGGCGCCUGUGAUUACCUCGUUGCCUCCAUUUCCAACGUAG